GCGGGCGGCAGUCAUGUCAGUGGCACGCCGCCGGCUCGCUCAGUGACUGUGACUGCCACUGUGACUGGGUGGUGCCGACUGACUUAGCCGAGUUGCCGUCCUCCUGGUCAUCUGCAUGCUGCUCACCCUGUGUCUGGCCGUUGUACACCCGCUGCUGUGUGAGUGUCGCCACUGAUGUCUCGGCUAUUUCUGCACAAGGGACUGCCGGUUUGGGGCUGGGACAGAGCGCGCUGGCGUGACUGAGGUCGCGCCAUGUGACCGGUGCCGGGCCGGGCGGCGCGGACGCCGCCAGCUCCGAGUCGGCCUCGCUGGUGCGUCACGCCACCAACCCGUUCAUGUGCUACACGGAGGGCGGCGCGCCGGCGCCGGCGCCGGACGCCGAGGGCGCCGCGCCGCCGGCCAGCGCGCCGCCGGUCGCGCCGCUCGCCGACACCGCCGAGCUCGACACCGAGGAUAGCGUGCUCAGCCAGUUCCACGAGGACGCCAUCCGACAGGCCGGGGUCGGCUCGUUUCAGCUGGUGCUGUUUCUGGUGCUGGGACUCAGUCUGGCCGCCGACACCAUUGAGCUGUUUGUGGUCGCCUACGUCAUCCCCAGCGCUGAAGUGGAGCUGUGCAUGACGAGCGUUCAAAAAGGCUGGCUAGGUGCCAUCACGUUCGUGGGUAUGAUGAUGGGCGCCGUGGUGUGGGGCGUGCUGUCGGACUCGAUGGGCCGCCGCCGCACCCUGGUCUCGGCGCUCACCGUCAACGUCAUCUUCGGCAUCGUCACCGUGUUCAUGCCCACCUACGGCACCUUCAUGGUGUCGCGCCUGUGCAGCGGCGUCGGGAUCGGCGGCUCGAUUCCGAUCGUGUUCGCGUACUUUUGCGAGUUCCUGACCAAGGCGCGGCGCGGCCAGUACCUGAGCUGGCUGCUGGUGUUCUGGUCCGUCGGAGGCGUGUUCGUCGCGUUCGCCGCCUGGCUCAUCAUCCCACGCACUGGUGUAAUGGUGGUGAUCGAGGAGCGCGCCCACUUCUCGUCGUGGCGCGUGUUCCUGCUGGUGUGCAACCUGCCGUCGCUCCUGGCCCUGCUGGGACUCACUUUCAUGCCCGAGUCGCCGCGCUUCUUACUCGAGGUCGGCCGUGAGAUCGAGGCAAUGCGAGUGUACCAGCGCAUCUACAAGUGGAACCACUCGGACCCCUCUGCGCAGUACUCGCUGACGGAGCUGGAGCUGCCCAAGCAGCGGACCGCGUACCGGGACUCGGCGCCGCCGCCCAACACGGCCAUCCUCAGCCGCUUGCUCUCGCUGGCCGACCGGUUCUGGGCCGGCGUGUCACAGCUGUUCCUGCCGUCACACAGCUCCACCACCGUCGUCCUGCUGUUCGUCUGGUUCAUGGCCGCCUUCGGAUAUUACGGACUCUCCAUCUGGUUUCCCGAAUUCAUCAAGAUGAUCAAAUCUCGUGACUACGUCACCCAGGCGGCGUACGAAAUCGAGGCGCGCUACGUCAACAAACUGUUCAACGGCACCAUCGCUAACAGAAAGUACAUCAACUCCACAUUCGUCAACUGCACGUGGGCCGACGUCACCCUCAACCACGUCGACUUCAUCAACUGCAACAUCUACCGGUCGGUAUUCACCGACAUCAAGUCAUCGCGCACCGUGUUCCUCAACUCGACACUGGUCGAGAACCGAUUCGUCGACACAGACAUCUACCCCAACGUGCGCUUCCGCAACUGCGAGCUGCGCAACAACAGCUUCCAGGCCAUGGUGCCGGGCUGCCAGCUGGACUUUGACUACAACCUGCACUACGUGGACGUGUUCCAGGAGAACCUGAUCGGCCAGCUGUCGCUGAUACCCGGCAGCUUCGUCUCCUCCUACCUGCUCGACAGGGUCGGGCGCGCCAAAAUGAUCGCGGGCUCCUUGCUGAUCUCCUCCGGAGCGGGAUUCUUCAUGUGGUUCCUGCAGACGAAGAUCGGCGUCAUUCUGUUCGAGGCCGCCUUCAACAUGGUGUUCAUCAGCGGCUGGAACGCACUGGAUGUGCUCACCACCGAGGCAUAUCCCACCCAGCUGCGCACCACCGGCUACGGCUUCAUCUCGUCCGUGUCUCGCGUGGCCGGCAUCGUGGGCACGCUGACCUUCGGCCAGUUCAUCGACGUCAACCUGGCCAUCCCGAUGCUGACAACGGUGGCGGUGCUGGCGCUGGGCGGACUGGCCGCCUUCCGACUGCCCGAGACCAAGGACGUGCUCAUCUGAGCGGCGUCCUCAUCUGAGCGGCGUCCUCAUCUGAGCGGCGCGGCGUCCUCAUCUGAGCGGUACGGGAGCGGCACGUGGCCGGCGAGCUCACCCACACCGGACUGCCACUCGUCUGGAGCCGACGGAGUUUGGCGUACCUCGCUCUGAUGUCGGCGUGAGCAAGCCUCGAGCGGCAAGCCGGGUCCAAUGGAGCCGGACAGACAGACGGACAGGUACGCAGAUCCAUGUUGACAGGUCGGCCAAUGCCAUUCUCUAUCCGGCCGGCUGGUUUAAGAUGAAAUGAGCUUGAAGAGCCGUGACCUCGAUUACCGUUCGACCACCGGGCCGGCACGACUUGCCGUAUAGAACGAGGAGUAUUUACGAGGGGUGAGAGCCAAUGCAGUAGCGUCUGCCCUCGAGUGUCUCCACGUUUCAGCAGUCACAUAUUGUCGACCUGUCCCACGACUGCAAAUGCAUAAUGCAUUAUAUCUGUAUGGUGUCGUGCCCGCCCUUUCCGUGUACUUACCUACUACGGCGCGGAUGUGCUACUCACUAUUCUGCUGCUCUCCUACUCAUGUCAAUCUUUGGCUUUCGGUGCGUCCUAUGUACAAGACGAUCAUUCCACCUCUGGCCCCUGUGCAGUCAGUCCGGGGCGUUGUUCGUGAAGUGCGCGUGCAUGGCACUCGCGGCUGCCUGGGACCAGCGAGCGUCCCGUGCACCUGCAGUGAGCUCUCUGUGUGCGCGCGGCCGGCCGCCGGGUCAGGCGUCAGCCGGCCCCCGCGUGCGGCAGCCGCUAUGCAUGGUCGGUGGUGAUUGUUAUCGACGGGCUGUUUGAUGUCGUGGCAACGUGAAAUAUAUCUGUACGGCUGGACUGUG